UGACAGGCUCUGAGGUAAGAAGAUAAGCCCCGCCCUCUUUUCCACGCAGCCUCCCCAUUGGUGCAGACGAGCCCUCAGGAAUGUCCUCGGACCGUUUAAGUAGCGCUCGUAUCGGUGAAACCAGUCAGUAGAAUAAGUCCAAGCAGCGGAAUAAACCCCGGAGAGGAGCUCACGGAGACUUUUCACCCGACCAGUUGAUGAGCUUCAACGAGUUCUAAAGGAAGAGAGACGGGACACUGAGUCCAGCAAGCGAGCACUUUCUUCUCAUCUAUUUUUGGAGGGGAUUUUUAUUUUUUAAACAGCAGGGGCCACUUGAGGUUUAGGAAUGAUGCUGUGGGGCAUCUGUGUGCUGUUGAUGCUUUGGAGCUGUGAAGGAGCCAGAUUGGCAGAGAGUCGAGGCGAUAACAGUGUAUAUGACCUAUUUGAAAUGGCCCGGGUAAACAAGAGACACAACGGAGUGACUUUGGUCAAAGGUGUCGACCCCCACAGCCCUGCAUACAAGGUCCUCAACGCAGACCUCAUCCCCCCGGUGCCAGACAGCUACCUCAGGGACCUCCUGGACUCUAUCCAGGCCGAGAGGGGCUUCCUCCUCCUGGUCAACCUGAAGCAGUUCAAGAAGACCCGGGGCAGCCUUUUGACCAUCGAGAAGAAGGACGGCUCCGGAUCCAUUUUCGAGAUCAUCUCCAACGGCAAGGCGAACACUCUGGACGUGGUCUACUCCACUCUGAGCCAGCAGCAGGUCGUGUCCAUCGAGGAUGCUGACUUGGCCACUGGACACUGGAAGAACGUCACGCUGUUUGUCCAGGAUGACCGGGUGCAGCUUUUCGUCGGCUGCGAGGAGAUCAACGUGUCAGAGAUGGAUUUGCCGAUCUCCAAAGUGCUGUCCCAGGAGUUGGCCGACGUUGCCAGGCUCAGGAUCGGAAAGGGAGUCGUGAGGGACAAAUUCAUGGGAGUGCUUCAAAACUUCCGCUUCAUCUUUGGGACCCCUCUGGAUGCUAUACUGAGAAAUAAGGGAUGCCAGAGUGGAGCUACCUUAACUGACGUCCUCACCCUGAACAACCCGGUCAACGGCUCCAGCCCAGCCAUUAGGGCCGAUUACACCGGCCACAGAACCAAAGAUCCGCAGGCUGUCUGCGGCUUCUCUUGUGAGGACAUCGCCGGAAUGUUCAAGGAGCUCAAGGGACUCGGCGUUGUCGUUAAACAGCUGUCGAAUGAACUGCGCAAAGUGUCUGAGGACAGCACGCUGCUGAAAAAUCAAAUGAACAUCCCCGGUGGAAUUUGCAUCCACAACGGAUUCGAACACAAGGACAAAGAUGAAUGGACCGUGGAUAGCUGCACCGAGUGCACCUGCCAGAACUCUGCUACCGUGUGUCGCAAAAUCUCCUGCCCUCUGAUGCCGUGUGCCAACGCCACCGUGCCAGAUGGAGAGUGCUGCCCUCGCUGUGGACCAAUCACAGAGGAUGGCUGGUCCCCCUGGUCUGACUGGACCCAUUGUUCGGUGACUUGUGGCCGGGGCAUCCAGCAGCGCGGGCGCUCCUGUGACCGCAUCAACAGCAACUGCGAGGGCACCUCCGUCCAGACCCGUGACUGCUACCCUCAGGAAUGCGACAAACGCUUCAAACAGGACGGCGGUUGGAGCCACUGGUCUCCCUGGUCAUCGUGCUCCGUGACCUGCGGCGAGGGCGUCAUCACCCGGAUACGCCUCUGCAACUCUCCCACGCCGCAGAUGGGGGGCAGGGACUGCCAGGGGGAAGGGCGUCAAACGGAAAUCUGCCAAAAGUCACCCUGUCCUGUCAAUGGAGGUUGGGGACCUUGGUCACCAUGGGACACUUGCACUGUUACCUGUGGCGGAGGAGUCCAGACCCGCAAACGUCUCUGCUCCGACCCUGUCCCCAAAUAUGGAGGAAAGGAUUGCGUUGGGGACGCCUCCCUGUCUCAAUUGUGCAACAAACAGGACUGCCCUAUUGAUGGUUGUCUCUCCAGUCCUUGCUUCCCCGGAGCAAAGUGCGCCAGCUUCCCCGACGGCUCUUUCAGGUGUGGCAGGUGUCCACCCGGCUUCUCUGGGAACGGCGUCGCCUGCAAAGACAUCGAUGAAUGUAAAGAGGUGCCCGAUGCUUGCCACACCCAUAACGGAGUCCAUCGCUGUGAGAACACCGAGCCCGGUUACAACUGCCUUCCCUGCCCUGCGCGCUUCUCUGGUCCUCAGCCCUUCGGAAGAGGAGUGGAACAGGCGACUGCUAAAAAACAGGUCUGCAAACCCCGUAACCCCUGCCAAGACGGGAGCCACGACUGCCAUAGGAAUGCAAACUGCAUCUACUUGGGCGUCUUUUCCGAGUCCAUGUACCGCUGCGAGUGCAAGCCAGGGUACGCUGGGAACGGCCGUAUUUGCGGAGAGGACAGUGACCUUGACGGAUGGCCAAACAUUGACCUGCAUUGUGUGGAGAACGCCACCUACCACUGCAAGAAGGACAACUGCCCCAACCUUCCCAACUCCGGCCAGGAAGAUCAUGACAAAGAUGGCCUGGGUGAUGAAUGUGACCGCGAUGAUGACAACGAUGGGAUCCCCGAUGAUAGGGACAACUGCCCAAGAGUGUACAACCCUGCGCAGUAUGACGCAGACAGAGACGACAUUGGCGACAGCUGUGACAACUGCGUGUACGAGGCCAACACCGAUCAAACGGACACUGACAACAAUGGCGAGGGCGAUGCCUGCGCUGUUGACAUUGAUGGCGAUGGCAUUCUGAACGAGAACGACAACUGCCCGUAUGUUUACAACGUGGAUCAGAGAGAUACCGACAGGGACGGGGUGGGUGAUCACUGCGACAACUGCCCUCUGGAGCACAACCCCGACCAGUUCGACUCUGACUCAGAUCGCGUAGGAGACAAGUGCGACAACAACCAGGACAUUGACGAGGAUGGUCACCAGAACAACUUGGACAACUGCCCCUACAUACCCAAUGCCAACCAGGCGGACCACGACAAGGACGGCAAGGGUGACGCAUGCGACCACGACGACGACAACGACGGCAUUCCCGACGACAAGGACAACUGCAGGCUGGCGUUCAACCCGGAUCAGCUGGACUCUGACGGCAACGGCCGCGGUGACGUGUGCAAAGACGAUUUUGACCAAGACAACAUUCUGGACAUCCAUGACGUGUGCCCGGAGAACUUUGCCAUCAGCGAAACAGACUUCCGCAGAUUCCAAAUGGUUCCUCUGGACCCCAAGGGCACGUCCCAGAUUGACCCCAACUGGGUGGUCCGGCAUCAGGGCAAGGAGUUGGUGCAGACCGUCAACUGCGACCCCGGCAUUGCCGUUGGUUACGACGAGUUCAGCGCAGUGGACUUCAGUGGAACGUUCUUCGUCAACACGGACAGAGAUGACGACUACGCCGGUUUCGUGUUUGGCUACCAGUCGAGCUCCCGGUUCUACACAGUGAUGUGGAAACAGAUCACACAGACCUACUGGUCGCACACGCCCACAAGAGCUCAAGGCUACUCGGGCCUGUCAAUCAAAGUGGUCAACUCCACCACUGGGCCCGGUGAGCAUCUGAGGAACGCCCUGUGGCACACCGGAGACACCGCAGGACAGGUUCGCACUUUGUGGCACGACCCCAAGAACAUUGGCUGGAAGGACUUCACUGCCUACAGAUGGCAUCUGACCCACAGGCCCACGUCUGGACUUAUUAGAGUGGUCAUGUAUGAAGGCAAGAGGAUCAUGGCCGAUUCUGGGAACAUCUACGACAAGACGUACGCCGGUGGGCGACUAGGGUUGUACGUCUUCUCUCAGGAGAUGGUUUACUUCUCAGACCUCAAAUACGAAUGCAGAGAUACAUAAUUGGAGCACAGGACCUUCUAGCAGACUGUCCGUUGGUAUGAAUAUAUAAUACAAGACCUGGACCGAUAUCUCUUUAACCUUUUUUCUUUUGAGAACUGCACAUUGGAGGAAUGACGAGCAAGUGAGUUAAUAUGAGGUAAACUGACCUCAGGACAUAACGCCAAAUGAAAGUUCAAUGAUGAUUCUGCACCAAACUCCACAUGAGCACAGCUCUGUUGAGAAGAAAUUGGCCCUCUCACUUUGUUGCUCUGAUCCGCGUUGAAGGGGGAACCCGCGUCUUGUUGCUUUGCACAACUUAACUGUCGGCAGAAUUGUUCUGCGGACAAAUGACCAAAGGGGAGAGUGUUACAUGGUUUUAAAUAUUAUUUUUGAGCAUUAGUAGACAUCUGCUGUGGUAUGUCGGUAUGAAGAGAGCAGUAGGACAACUCCUUGGCUUGAAGGAACUGUUGAGGGACCAAACUGACUGUUGCUAUCAAAGAGAGUGAAUGUGGUUUGUGUGUUUGUGCAUGUGUGCCACCCAACGAGACAACUGUAUUAUGAGUUUUCAUUUUGACUUCCUUUAAAGACCCCGCCACCCAAAAACAUUCAAACUUCUUCUCAGGAAAGAGCACUAGAAGAGACGAGGAGAGCACAAAAUUCAGGACGGCACAGGGCUCUGGAACAGCUGCACGUAACACUGCUUUGGAGCCACGAUUCUUAGUAAAUAUUAUGUUCAUACCUCUAAUCUUUACUGAGUGUGUGACGGGAUUUAUACAGAGCGGGCCAGUCUUUUUCCUUCCCGAGUAAACCUUUGCAAGUAGGGCUGUUUUUGGCUAAUGGCAAGAUGAAACAAUACAUUAGACCCAAACAGUUAAAGAUCACUUAUAGUAUCUGUAAACAUCCAUAUCGCGUGCAUGACUGGUGUGCCUGAGCUUUUGUUUAUAGGCCUACAUUUCUGACAGGGGGAAAUCAAAGGAAACCCUUCAUGUACAAAUAUUACCUCAUUAAUUAUUUUUGUAUUGAGGCCUGCAAUGCACAAGAAUCACGUGUCUUAGCAUCAGAGUAUAAAUUGGUUGGCUUAUAUAUUUUUUUUAAGCGAGACUUUAGUAUCAUUUUUUUAUUCUGUGUGUAUAUAAGAUAUUUUUGUAGAAGCCCAAACAGGAACAUAAAGGAUUAAAUACAUGUUAUCUGAAUGUUGUGCUAUAUGUAUUUCCUGUGCAUUUGUUUUGAUAAAUUAUUGUGUUUGUUUUAUGUUGAGUUUAUUUCAUUUGUGUAGAUGUAUGCUAUUUAAAUAAUUUAUCUAGAAGCGUAGCCUCAUAUGGAAGCGUUUCUGUCUGUAAAAACUUAUUUGCACACUGACAUGAGGAUGUCUUUGUUUUUUUGUAUGUCUUUUUUAAUUAUCAGUGACGCUUUUCUAUAAACUUUGUACUAUAGUUCCUACCCAAAGUGCCGUUCAUUUCUUUUACAUAUUAUUUUGUAAUGUCAACUGAACAAUAAACACUUUGAAAAGG